GGCAUCAAAGGCUUCUACAUCCCCCCACAAAACAGGUUUCCUUUUUUGCUUGUUCCUUUAACAUUUUGUCCUUUUAUGUGUGCAUAUCUAUAUAAUUACACGUGGCCGUAGACUAGUGGAUAAAACCUCAGGAUGACUAUAAACGAGCUGAGCCGCUCAUUAGCUGUUAAAGAUAUGCCCGCUAAAAGGUCGAAUCAAGUUGUGCUUAAAUGAACUCGAGAAACUCGUUUAAUAAACAAGCUUGAGCCCGAGUUUCACAUGUGAAGCUGAGCCGGCUCACGCGUCUAAAUGAGCUUGUUAUCAGCAUAAUUUUUAUUUAAUAGAUUAAAUUUGUAUUUGUAAUAAUUAUUAUUAUUAUAUAUAAAAUUAGGAUAAAAACAUUUGAAUUUGAAUUGAAUAUAUUUUAUUAUGCAUAAAAAAUAAUUAUAAGUAUAUGUGUAAAAUAAUUUUAAAAAUAUAUUUGUAAAAUAGUUACAUAAAUAAUAAACGAGUCGAGUCCGAGCUGAGCUCGAGCUUAAAAAACUAUUCAUGAGUUAAGCUCUCUAUUAAUUAAACGAGUCGAGGUUGACCAUAAACAAGCUCAUGUCUAACUCAUUUACACCACUAGUGUUUCAAACCAUCAAUGAUAAGUGAUAGCAUUUAUAAACAAGUUUUACAUCCUGGGAAUAAAAUAAACUUUUCUAUUUAUAUUCAUUGUUUUAGCGAUCACGAUUAUUAAUUCCGACCACUCCACACACACUCACGUUUGUUAGGUUGACAACUUGUACACAUGUACAACCUAAAAAAAAACCAAGGGAUGUACCUUAAAAUAGAAUCAAACGAUAUUUUAUGCUUGAAUAAUUGUUUAAUUCUAAAACACAUCAAUUCUAUUGUGGAAGUGAAGACUCAGAAACCAGUUGGUACGGACUGGCCAGAGUAGAACUUCAGAUGAUCCAACAAGAGACCUGCAAGAUCACAAGAGACAAGCACGCCGUUAGCCUCGUCACAGGGAGGGGGGCCUCUCUGUGACCAAGCUCGGGCGUGAGAAUAAGUAUUUGUGAGGAGGAAAUAAGUCAGGGAGAGAGAGAAUCACGAUUACCCCUUGCUGGAGACCUUGGCGGGGUAUUUAUAGCUUUUGGGUGUGCUGAUGUGGCGAGUUAGUUAGGGUCGGACCAGUCGCUAUCAUGGCAGUUAUGGGAGUGGGGCCCAGUUAGUUAAACCGGACCAUUAUAGCGUUCGUCCUGUCUUAUGAUGCGAGGUCCGGUUUUGUCCGUAUCGCGGUUCGGUUCUUGCUUAUGGCGAUGAUUCGGUCCGGCCAGGGGACGUAUCCUCAUCAAGUCCCCCUAGUUCGUGGUGUUUCUUAGAUAACAGCUUCGAACUAUAACAGUGUUAUCUUGGCGGUUUAAACGUCUCCGGUUUUGUCGCUUUUUCUUUUUUUUGAAUUUUGAAUUUCAAGGCGGUGACCAUAGUUGGGUAACCGACGGUCGUUUUUACUUUUCCCGCCUGAUGUGAUGGCUGAUGGGUGUCAUCCAUCAUGACGUGUCGCCACCUGAUUGGUGGUUCGAAGUCGGUUUCUUUAUCCCUAUAUAAAGGGGGCAGAAUAAUCUGUUUUUUACCUUUUCACUUCUUUUUUCUUUUUACUCUUUAUCUUCCUCAUCUUCUUUACCUUUUCUUCUCCGAGAACGGGCGGUCUACAAAUACAGGUUAGCUUCUUUCUACUAUGGCGUCGAAAAACAACUUGUCCGGUUGUUUUAAUACUUUAACUAAAAAUGGUUUAGAUUGGUAUAUAGAAAGGUAUGCAAUCCCUGCAUCUCUGCACCCUGUCCUCCCUAAAAAGGAUAACCCUAUUUUUCCGUUUCCUCCGGGGAAGAUUGGGGUGUACACGCGCUUAUUUGAUUAUUGUAACUACCGCCUCCCUCUGACGAAGUUCUUGGUCGGGGUUCUCACGUUUCACGAGGUGCAUAUUACUCAGAUGAACCCUUUUGGCCUUGCCAAGGUGUGUCAUUUUGAGCUGUCUUGUCGUGGCUUAGGAUCCGAACCGGACUUGGAUGUGUUCCGGGCUUUUUACAAGUUGAAUCGGUCCGGUAACUGGUAUACCUUUGAGGUCAGAGAUAAGGACUCCUGCUGCUAUACAUGGAUUACUACUAGUAUAAAGGACUGGAAAGAACGAUUCUUCUACGUUGAUGACCGAUGCGUUCCGGAGUUCAUGGUUUGGAGGACUAAGAAGAUGAAACUCCCGUCUUCUCUCCCUAAGGACUUCGAUUUUAAUAGGACCUUAUAUGCAGCCUUGAUUAAGGAAGCAGGUCGCAUUCAAAGUUAUCCGGAACACAUUCUUGUUAUGGGACGGAUCAGCACGAUUUGGUCCGAGCUGGCGUGGUAUCCUACCCUUAGGUGGGACGGAGAGGUUAUGGGUUUGAGAGAGGCGUUAAGGUUGAAGUCCUUUGACUCCAAAGAGCUUGAGCUUCGCGCUACGAGGACACCGAAGAGCGAUCCUCCGUAUCUAACCGUGGUGAACGAUAAUCUUUAUCAGAUUCGGGAGCCGGAAGCUCUGGAUGAUCGAGGAGGUUUAAACGUCCAAGGGAGUGCGGGCCCGAACCCUUCGGCUCCAAUAGGGAAUGUUACUGCGGCUCAGAUUGUGACGGCAACUGGCAGCGGUGAGGGUAAAGGAAAAGGAGGUGCUUCGAUCGGGUCAAAAGGAUCGGGCUCUAAGUUUAUAAUUGAGGAUGAAGGAAUUCAUUUAUCGGUGGGAGACGAAGGAGAGCGUGCCGAGAACUUGGAGGGGGGCGAUGAUGGUGAUGAAGAGGAUGAGAAUGAAGGUGGGGAGCCUCAUAUUACUUUAAAAAGGAAGAGGGCUUCGUCUAAAUCUGGUCCGAAGCUUAAGCAGAAGAAAACGAAGUUAGAUCUUAAAACUAUUACUCUGGAUGAUGAUGAUGACCAAGUUACUGGGUUUUCUGCCGCUGGGGGUGUGUUAGAAAAUUUGGAUGCUCAUCUUCAUGAGGGUCGUACCCCCAGGGACCAUCCGCAAAACAUUCCGUCUAGUCCAUUGUCCUUUGGAGGAGGAGGCAUUAAAGUUGUUACUGAUGUUCGUACCUCCGAUCCUAAAAGAAUCGAACCGUCUCCUUCGGGUAAGUUUACCACGGGGGUUGCCUCUAACGUGUCAAGGCCGAGUCCCAAACCUGUUGAUGGUGGGGACAGUGCCUCUUCGUCCCCUUUAUGGUUUAACACUGAAGCUGUUUUCUUAUCACGGGAGUUAGGUUCGGGCGGCAUUGAGGAUAUGGAUUCGGCUAGGGCAUUGGAGAAGUAUAUCCCGGAGUGGUCAUUGACGAACAAGGAUCGGAUAGUGGACGCUUUAUCGGCGAAGAUGGCACUGUUCCAUUUUGGGACUCCAGCGGAACAUUCUCAUUAUCGGAAGAUGAGUGGCCCGGAACUUGGAAACGCCCUUAUGGUGAAUCAGGCACAGUCUAACUCAUUGGUGGUGGAAACGUAUAAACGUUGGAUUGAAUCGGAGUCAAAUUGCAACAAGCUUCGACGUGAGGUUGCUAACUUGGAAAAAGAAGAUAACAUCCGUUCGAAAACGAAACAGGAAUUGAAUUCUCUUCGAGCUCAGGUUGAUCGUUUGAAAGAGCAAAAUUUAGAGGCCAAGGAGGUUAACAAGUCGUCCCAAGCGUCGGCUGCGGCCGCUUACGAGGCUCGAGAUAAAGCUCUUCAGGAUUUGGAGAUUUUUAAGUCGAAAGUUGAUGAUUUGGAGAAAAAGUUAACCGGUGUAGAGAUGAAGCAUGCAGCCGAGCUUAAAGAAAUGCAGGCGUCUCAUGACCAACUUCUGGCUGACUACCACCGUUUAUCUGAUGCUAAAGGCGAAAUUGAGAGAGCUCGCGACAGGGAGAUCGAAUCGCACAAGACAACAAUUGAUGAAGCUAGAGGAAUGUUGAUCCGGUGCGAGCGUGAUAUGAUUGAAGCAUACGCGGAACUGUCGGAGCUGAAACUUACCAAGCAAUGGUUUCUGACAGAUGGGGUCGCAUGGGUUGUUAAGCUGGUGCAUCAGAGCCCCGAAUUAGAGAAGGUGGUUUCUGAUCUUGUCAACAGUGUUAAUGCAGUUGGGGCGAAUGAGGGGAUAAAACAGGGUUUUAAGGCCGCGCAGAAUCUAGUUGGCUCUGCGGAAGAGGUUCCAGGUUAUGAUGCUGGAGCUCAGAGUGCCCUAGACGCUGCGGUGAAAGCUUUCGAUGAGCUUAAUAUCUCUGUUCUCGACAAGGUGGCUGACUUGUUAGAUGAGCCCCUAUCGGUUAUUCAACAAAGAAGUAAACUUCCCAUUGUUGGAGAUGAUGAUAAUAUAGCUCAUGUUUAAUGUUGUUUCUUUUUUUUGUAACCGUACAAUGUGUCUCAUCAGUUUGCUUCUUUUUUUUUUUGUAACCGUACAAUGUGCUUCAUUAGUUUGCUUUGCCUGAAGUACAUUUGAUCGUUCAAUCAAAGAUGUAUAACUAUUUUUGUGUUAAAUCUUUUAUUUUUAACUCAGUUACUUAGCAUCGGUUUGCGUCCAAACCUUUGCUGUAUACUUUUAAUCUUGGUGAUCGCACCAGAUGAAGUGCUUCACCUGCUCAAUAGAUUUCAAUUUUCUUUUUAACUAUUUAAGCCUUCUCGAUCAGCGCGAGGCAUGGGUCGUGGCCCGUUCGUGCACGUUUAGAAUUUUUGUUCGAACUUGUAUGUAUGCU